UGAACGAAUAGGCUACGAGGCUGACUUGCCACACUCGCGCUGGCUUCUCCGUGAAGUUAAAACGUCCGUGAAGCUAGCACUCCUCUCAGUAAAAUCAUCCACAGUGGCAACGUAGAUAUCAAACGACACACACUUUUACCUACAUGUUUUGACAACAACGCCAUAUUUUUGUAAAGAACUCACAUCGGAUAUGACUCCAACGGUCGACACAAUCUGCAUCGACUUCACCACAGAUUCAGAGUGGUUGCCUGACGUCGGAAUAACGCUUUAAAUUACAUUUUCAGAACACGGGAAAGGAGACUUACUGAAUGAAACUUUCCACCAUUUCCCCCGGAGUGAUAAAGAAGCACUUCUGGGUGCCGUGUUCGUUUAAAAUAACCGAGUUGACUGCCGUUGUGGACCUCUGGAUGGGACGCAGAUAAAAUGUUUGGUCACGUCAAGUUCCAAGUUGGGAGAUUAGCAACAAUGUCAGGGGUCGCUCGUUUUGGAAAAUGAUUACUGGCAGCACCGACGGUAAAAUAAUGGUCAGAAGAUGUCUAGUAACGUUCAAACCGUUCAGGAUAUUCUUGGUGGGAAUAGGCUUCUUCAGCCUGUGCUUUCUAAUGACCUCUCUGGGGGGGCAGUUCUCAGCCAAGAGACUUGGGGACUCCCCCUUCACCAUCCGCACAGAAGUGCUGGGAGGCGUGGAGUCACGUGGUGUGCUGAGGAAGAUCAGUGACAUGCUGGAGGUGAUUCUAAAGAGGAUGGACAGCCUAUCCAAACUCGACAACACCUCCACCACUGACGCAAGGCGCCUGGAUGAGCUCAGCUCUGCUAUCAACAGAUUUCAACCAGCCAGCCUGGUAGAGAGGAUCCAAGCUAUAGCCCAGAAUGUCUCCAACAUGGCCACCAGGGUGGAGCAGAUACUGCAAAACAGCAUUGUACAAGGAAGAGCAAUGAGAGAUGUGACUUCAGGCCAGUGUGAAGUACCAAGAGACCCCCGCUUCCCAGAGUGUCCUGGGAAAGUAGAUUGGAUGCGUGCACGUUGGACAUCGGACCCUUGCUAUGCCUUCUACGGAGUCGACGGUUCAGACUGCUCCUUCCUCGUCUAUCUGAGCGAGGUAGAGUGGUUCUGCCCCCCACUGGCCUGGAGGAACCACAGCAGCACCCCCACCCAGUAUGUACUGCAGCCAAAGGCCCCUAAGAGACAGGCUGCCUUUCGUACAGACCUUUCUGUGCUGCUGGACCAGGUUGGGGCAGGAAAGGAGUCCCUCAGCUUCAUGAAGCGCAGAAUCCGCCGUCUCGCACAGCAGUGGGCAACGGCCGCCAACCGCCUGGAUGCCAAGCUGGAGCAACGAUGGAGGGAUCAGAAGAAGAUCCUGGUCCAUGUAGGCUUCCUAACUGAGGAGUCUGGAGAUGUUUUCAGCCCCAAAGUGCUGAAGGGGGGUCCUCUGGGAGAGAUGGUCCAGUGGGCUGACAUCCUCACUGCCCUCCAUGUUUUGGGACAUAACCUCAAGAUCUCCAUGUCUGUCAAGGAGCUGCAGGGGUUCCUCGGUGUGCCCCCAGGCAGAGGCAGUUGCCCACUGACUGGCCCACUUCCCUUUGACCUCAUCUACACUGACUACCAUGGCAUGCAGCAGAUGAAGCAACACAUGGGGCUCUCACUCAAGAAACACAAAUGUCAUAUCCGAGUGAUUGACACAUUUGGGACGGAACCAGCUUACAAUCAUGAGGAGUAUGCAACGCUGCACGGCUACCGGACCAACUGGGGCUACUGGAACCUCAACGCCAGGCAGUACAUGACCAUGUUCCCUCACACACCAGACAACUCAUUCAUGGGCUUCGUUUCGGAGGAGCUGAAUGAGACGGAGAAGAGAAGCAUCCAGCAGAACAAAGUCAACAACAUGGCCGUAGUGUACGGUAAAGAGGCCAGCAUGUGGAAGCUUCAGCAGGGUAAAGAAGGUUUCCUGCAGAUUCUCCACAGGUACAUGGAGGUCCACGGCACAGUGUACUAUGAGACCCAGAGACCUCCGGAGGUCCCGGCCUUCGUAAAGAACCACGGCCUGCUGCCCCAGCAUGAGCUGCAGCAACUUCUGCGCAAGGCCAAGCUCUUCAUUGGCUUUGGUUUCCCCUACGAAGGCCCAGCCCCUCUAGAAGCAAUAGCCAAUGGCUGCAUCUUCCUGCAGCCCAAGUUCCACCCGCCUCACAGCUCACUCAAUCAUGAGUUUUUCAGAGGCAAGCCCACUUCUAGAGAGGUGUCCUCCCAGCACCCAUAUGCAGAGCAGUACAUCAGCAGACCUCACGUCAUGACAGUGGACUACAACAACUCCCUGGAGUUCGACUCUGCCAUCAGGGAAAUCAUGAGGACCAAGGUUGAGCCAUAUCUGCCUUAUGAAUACACCUGUGAGGGGAUGCUGGAGAGAGUGCAUGCCUACAUACAGCAUCAGGACUUCUGUGCCCUUGAGCCUCCCUUCAUGUCAGCCAACCUCUCCAGACAGGGGUCUGCUGGUGGCAGCAGGAUAACAGGGCCUCUGUUUGUGCCCCUGCCCAAUUCCACAGCCCUUGGCUGGGCGCCCAAUGUGACGGCUCCCCCUGCCUGGCCUCCUCUCAGCUCCCUCCGGCUGCUCGUAUCUCAAGAGGGCCAGUCCUGUGUGGAGGCAUGCCAUUCCGAUGGUUUGGUCUGUGAGCCUGCUCACUUCCGCUUCAUCAACAACAAGGAGGCCCUGCGCAGGUUGGAGGUGCAGUGCGAGGUGGUAGACUCUGAGAUAAACCACAUCCUUCCUGCCUUCUCGGUGGUGCGGCGGGAGUGCGGCCUCCAGCGGGAACCACUCCUCUUCAGCUGUGCAGGAUACUCCCCCAAAUACAGACGUCUUUGCCCCUGCAGGGACUACCGCCACGGCCAGGUGGCGCUGUGCAGAGACUGUUUAUAAUGAUGGGACAGGUGAAGGAUAAACAAUUAGAGACAGAUUGGCGGUUUGAGGGGGGGGGGGGGGAAAGGGAUACUGGAAGGUACCCACAGGUCAGAACAGGUAUUGCGCUGUGACUAACAAUAAUUGUGCAGAGAGGCAGCUUCCCCAAAAAAACAAUAAAUGUAGGAACAUGAGGAACAGGCAUGGAUUUAAAAAGGUAGGUCCAAAUAGCUGCCAGGAUGUAAGUGGGGACUUUGGUUGACUGAAGUUGUUAUACCAGCUGUUAUACUGUAACUUUGCUGGAGAUUUUUAAAAUAGACUUUAUAGACCAGGGCUCCAAUUAUACCAGGUGUCAUUAUAACCAGGGUCAAAGGCUGGCUUACCACUCACCAUGCCAACAAAUCUUCACCUCUGACUAAAGGAUAAUAGUUUCUACAAGAGGUUGACCAGUGAUAUAAUACACAUUUCAUUUUUGGAACUGCUUCUCACCAAAAAUAAGAUGUUUAAGUUGGAAAAUAUGCACUUGAAGAAGCGUGUGACUGCAGAGAAAUUCAGUAUUGGGACUAUAGUGUCAUUCCAUGACAGAGUCUUCAAAUAUCUUGGCUCGGAGAAGGCAACCUCGGGUCAAUAUCCAAUCUCCUCUCUGCACUUGGACAAAGGAUGAUGGACAACCAGGUUAUCUCCCUCGCUUUUACUCCCGUCCUCCAAUGAUGGACAUAGUAAUUUAUCAGACUGAACCCCAAGUCUGAGCCAGCAUCGGUCAAUGCAAUCAUGACUUGUUGCAAAAAGAAAGGAGGAGGAGGACAGAGGAGAAAAAUAAAGGGUAUAAGAUUAUUUUUCAAUAAAUAAGACUUUGGAGCUCUCAAGUGGAUUUUUAAAGAGUCCUCCGGGCUUCAUGAUGGGAAAAAAAUCAUAAACUAAAAUAAAAAUUCAGAACA